AUGUCCGUAGCCAUUGGCUCUAAUGUCCCUGCUCCAGAGGUCACAGGCCCAGCCUACCCGGCUCCUGCUUCCCACUGUGGGGCCCUCCCGACCUGCAUCGCAGGAGACCUGGGCUCAGGGUCCACAGGCAGCCAGCGUGGCCGGUGUCUGGGGAUCCAGGUGGUGCUGGGCACAGCCCCAGGCGUGAUGCAGGGCCACCAAGACAGGCACACGCACCAUGGGGCGCCUGGAGCUGGCUGUCUUAGGCCUCGCCUGCUGCUUGGCAGUAGUGAGCGCCGCAAAGGGACCCUGAAGGCCAAGGACUUCAAGCAGCCAUGCCUGCAAGUCACUCUCACACAGUUAAAUACCAGGGGCUCCGAGGACUGCCUCUACCUCAACAUCUGGGUCCCCCAGGGCCAGAAGGAAGUUUCCCAGAACCUGCCUGUCAUGAUCUGGAUCUACGGAGGAGGCUUUGUCAUUGGUUCCGGCCAAGGGUUAAACUUCCUCAGUGACUACAUGUACGAAGGGGAGGAGAUCGCCACGCGGGGCAACGUCAUUGUGGUCACCUUCAACUACCGCCUUGGGCCACUGGGCUUCCUCAGCACUGGGGACGCCAACCUGCCAGGUAACUACGGCCUUCGGGACCAGCACAUGGCCAUCGUGUGGGUGAAGAGGAACCUUCGUCUCUCUGCAGGUCGGGGGACCCUAGGAAGCACGGGCCUCAUCCGGCGAGCCAUCAGCCAGAGCGGCGUAGCGCUGGUCCCCUGGGCCAUCCAGAAGAACCCUCUAUCUUGGGCUAAGGGGAUCGCCAAGAAGGUGGGCUGUCCUUUGGACGAUACCGCCAGGAUGGCCAAGUGUCUGAAGGUCAUCGACCCCCGGGCACUGACGCUGGCCUAUAAGAUACCCCUGUUGGGCCAGAAGUACCCCUUGCUACACUAUUUGGGCCUCCUCCCCGUCGUGGACGGAGACUUCAUCCCAGACGACCCCAUCAACCUUUUCGCCAAUGCGGCCGACAUCGACUACAUCGCUGGCACCAACGACAUGGACGGCUACACCUUUGCCAGCGUUGACGUGCCAGCCAUCAAUGUGGACUUGCUGACUGUCACGGGGGAGGACUUCUUCAAGCUGGUCAGCCAGGUCACCAUCGCCAAGGGGCCCCGAGGUGCCAAUGCCACCUUUGACUUCUACACGGCGCCCUGGGCCCAGGACUCCUCCCAGGAGGCCAAGAAGAAGACGGUGGUGGACUUUGAGACCGACGUCUACUUCCUGAUGCCCACGAAGAUGGCCGUGGCCCAGCACAGAGCCAACGCCAAGAGUGCCCGGACCUACACCUACCUGUUCUCCCACCCCUCUCGCAUUCCGUUGUACCCAAGCUGGGUGGGCGCCGACCACGGUGACGACAUCCAGUACGUGUUUGGGAAGCCCUUCGACAACCCCCUGGGCUACCGGGCCCAAGACAGGACUGUCUCCAAGGCCAUGAUCGCCUACUGGACCAACUUUGCCAGAACUGGGGACCCCAACCAGGGCCACUCGGCUGUGCCCACCCAAUGGGAGCCCUACACCCAGGAAAACGGCAACUACCUGGAGAUUAACAACAAGAUGGACGGCCAGUCCAUGAAGCAGCACCUGAGGAGCAGCUACCUGCAGUACUGGACCCAGACCUACCAGGAACUGCCCACCGUGAACCAAGAUGGGGUGGCCCCGGUGGCCCCCUCGGACAACUCUUUGGCUGUCCCCGUGCCUCCCUCGAAAGACUCUGAGGCCGCCCCCUGAACCCCCACUGUUGACUCUAAGGGGGCUCAGAUGCCCACAACCAUUGGCUUCUAAUGUCCAUGUCCUGGAGGCCACAAGUGGGCCUCAGGGAGCCCACCUCCCUCCCCAGCUCUUCCUGAAUAAAGCCCUUCUCUCUCUGGCAA